AUGGAAUAUGCUAGGAAAGUGCAGAAAAAACGUCGUUUAAUGGUUGGAGCAUAUCGAGCGAGUAUGGAAUCCUUAUUUCCACUCUGUACACGAAAAAAACAAUCGAAGUUUCCUGCUAAAUUGCUUUUUGCCAAUCAAUAUGUAAUGAGAGAUUCUAUCAAUCCGUUAAAAUUAUUAAGAAAAGAUACUUUUCAUAACUAUGAUGAAUCUGGUGACAAGCAGCAGUAUGCUCCAGUAAUAAUUGGAUGUUUACCAACAGCUAACCAACAGGCGAAUAUGCUGACCUCAUUAGUUCAUAAUUUAAUCAUGCAUUUAUGUGUACUACAAAGAAAUACGAUGUUUCAGUUUGGUUCUGUGAAACUGAUGACAUUUCUUUCGGCUCAUAAUUUUGCAUUAGCGGUAUGUGCUCAAGAUGAAAAUAUGUGGUUUAUGUCAGCUGGAAGUAAACACAAAUCAUGGUUACUUAAUAAAUUAUUCACAAUUAAGCCAGUAUCUGGAUACUUGGGUUUUCCUCGUCAUACAUUCAGCCCCCAUUUUCCGCUACCUAGUUCUCUUCCUCACGAAAAAAAAUUUGAUCUGAUUGGUAUUAGAAAUGAAAAUCUGUAUUGUAUAGCAAUCGAACCAAGAAGUGACAUUAAUAUCAAUAAUCUUGAUUUGUUUACUGAUAAAAAUAUGGAUGACGGAAUAAUAAUGAACUCAAUGGAAACUUUGGUAAAAUACGCGUUUUGGAUAAUAUUUACGGGUAAAAUGACCGCUAAAACAAAGGUUGCUCAAAAACUGAGGGAGUGGUUUCCAAAGACAAGCAUCAAUAUAGAGUCUGUGGUUGAUUCUAAUACCAGAGUUGCAGACUUGAAACUUGAAGAAUUUGAUAAAAUUUUUUCUUUAAUCCACACAGAGAUUAACGAUGAUUUUAAACAUAUCAAUGAACUGAGGAGUUUUUAUGCAUAUUUUAUGCCUGCAGAUGAAAAUGUCAAAUUUGCCGAUUAA